AUGGCCUCCGCGGAGGCUGGGUCCCCCUCCUCCAGCGGUGCCCCUACCUGCAGCCCUGCCCGGGAAUCGCGCGUGCGCUAUGACAGGGGCAUGCGCAUUUGGGGUGCGGAGGGCCAGGACGCCCUGGAAAGGGCUUCGGUGUGCCUCCUGCAUGCUGGACCUACCGGGGCUGAAGCCCUGAAAAACUUGGUGCUGGGAGGCAUCCGAUCCUUCACCGUGGUGGAUGGCGAGAGGGUGGGACCCCAGGACCUGGGCAAUAACUUCAUGAUUGACCAGGAUGCCUUGGGGCGCCCUAGGGCGGAGGUCGUGACAGCCAGCCUCAAGGAGCUGAACGAGGCCGUAGGGGGGAGUUACGUGGUAGAUGAGCCUGCGCAGCUCAUCUCCAGCAACCCCUCCUUCUUCCAUGAGUACGACCUGGUCAUCGGCGCCCAGCUGCGAUGUAGCGACGCUGCAGCGCUGGACGCUGUGUGUCGCGAGAGGGGCAUUCCCCUGAUCCUGGGCCGGGCCUAUGGCCUCGUCGGACUCGUCCAGGUGUGCGUCGCUGAGCACUGCGUCGUCGAGUCCAAGCCAGACAACACGAUAGAAGACCUGAGGUUGACCGAGCCCUGGCCAGAGCUGGCAGAGGCUGCGGCGCAAGUCGAUGCCGGCCUGCUGGAUGACCACGUCAGGGGUCACGUCCCAUAUGCCCUCCUGCUCAUCAGGGCGGCGGCAGCCUGGGCCGCGACGCAUGGUGCACCGUUCCCUCGUACAUCGGCAGAGAAGGCAGACUUCAAGGAGGGCCUCCGAUCCUUGCAGCGCUGCAUUGAGGGUGUCCCCGUUGAGGAAGAAAACAUCACAGAGGCGAUCGCCAAUGCGCACAGAGUGUGGUCUGGGAGCUCCGCUCCAACCCCGGAGCUGGUGCGCUUGUUCCAGGACGAAGCCUGCCAGCAUCUCCGCGCCGGCUCCUCCCCCUUCUGGAUCUGCGUGGCGGCCCUGAGCCGCUUUGUGGCCUCCAAUGCAGCAGGCGCCCUGCCCCUGGAGGGAAACAUUCCUGACAUGCAUGCUGGGUCUCAGGAGUUCCUGGCCCUGCAGCGGCUGUACCGAGCCAAGGCCGAGGCUGACGCUCAAGAGGUCGAAGGGCUGGCGCACGAUGUGGCUGGAGCCGCCGGUGCCAGCGUCAGCAGGGUGACCUCGGCAUAUGUUCGCUCGGUGUGCAAGAAUGCGCGGCGCCUCAGAGUCAUUCGGUGCCCCGCCCUGCACCCAGACGGCCUGCCAGUGAGGACAGAACCAGAAAAAGGAGGGACAGACGCGUUGCGUCAGGCGCUGGCCAGUGAGGACGCCACAGCGAGCACGGCUGCGUUCUCGGUGCUGGUACCUGCUGCGGAUAGAUACUACAGGACACAUCAGCGCUUCCCUGGAUCGCUGCACGGCAGCGAGGUCCCUGAGGGCGAGGUCUCGCAGCUGCAUGCCAUCGCCCAGGGCCUCCUGGCCGAGUCGGGGAUCUCCGGCGUCCACCUGCCCGAGGAUGCCACCACGGAACUCGUGCGAUGGGGCGGGGCGGAGCUGCACUGCGUGGCGGCCAUCAUUGGCUCCAUCGCCAGUCAGGAGGCCAUUAAGCUGCUGACGGGGCAGUUUGUGCCGCUGGCGGGCACUCUGUUUUAUAGUACGGUGCAUGCCACCUCACUCCUGUUUGCCUGA